AGGCCCUUUUCAAUGCAAAUAUUGGCAGGAGGCUGUGUGUGAGGCAGCGAAAAAUGGUGGAUAUCGUUCUCUAGGCCUCUUUACUUUCAAAUUUGCAGAAGUUACAACUAAAGAUGACUUCUCCAGAAUAUUCAAAGGCUAGAUUGGACUAUCGUCCACCUGCAGGUGCUAAUCCAGAAAUUCCUAGUUGGGCUAAGGGUGAUUACGUUCUAAACAAAUGGGUACAAGAGGAAAGAUCAAGAAGACGACGCUAUCUGAAGGACCAGAAGCUUGAAGCCUGGGAACCUCUUCCACGGCAACAGUUCGAGAAGCCUAACAAGUUUUUUGAGGCUAUAAAUUCACCAUUUCGAAAGUUAUUUGCUCCCCUGAAUGCACGAUUUAACUACAAACCACUUCAUUAUUUUCUGUACACACGUCGGUUCAUGGCAAGGAUCGUCGUUCCGUUUUGGCUAACUUAUUACUUUAUAAAAUACCAUGUUGGGGAGAAAGGCAACAUUGUGGUAUCAAAACCAGUAGUAUACCCGGAGUAAUAGAUGGAAAGAAGCAUUGUCAGUCCAACAAGAUGUUCAUUAGUAUGAUGUGCAGUGUUAAAAUUAGUGACUGGGAUUUGAAUGAAUUUACUAAGGAAGUACAGUAAAGUCAGUCGGAGAUUUUCUUCAAGCAACUUAUCCAUUAGAAGGUUAACUAUCAAAGAAGCUUGCAAAUCACUGCUUCUUUCAAAAUUAAUCUAAAGAUACUGUUGCUAUGACUACAGAUUGCAAGUUACUAUGCUUAUUUGAGUUACAUGUAAAGUUAUAGAAUUUAUGAAAAAUAAAAAUAUUAAGAUUGAAAUCAUUUACAGAUGUGCUGUCAGCUUACUCCUUGCAUUCAAUAACAACAUUCGGUUUUAGAAACUCAUCCCAGAAAAAAAGAUGACUUAAGAAUUGAGUUAUAAAAUUAAAGCCAGGUGCUGGAGGAAAA